AUGAUGAUCCGGUCAGCAAAACCAACGGCGCCACUUUUCCUGAGCACCGUGCGGCGCCACUUUGCGAACUGGAAAAUUGAACACACCGUGCCGCUUUACGAGAGAAAGAGUCGUGCCAAAUUGAAGAGGGAGAAGCAGCUGAAAAAAGCCAAAGUGCAAAUUUUGCACUUGGGUCGGAGUGCACGUUUGGGGGGUUCUUCCACAGCCCGAGUGGGUAGUAUAUCCUAUGCAGAUCAUGUGGAACUCCCCCAUGAGGCCAUCCAGAGGGAGGACACCCACGUGGAGGAUCUGCCAGAAUUAAAGCUGGACCAAUUGAGCGCGUCUUCACUGACGUUCACAUAUGCAAAGAGGCUGUUCUUUAUGAUCAGGAGGAAGGGGAACGAAGCGCUACUUAAAAAUGUGAACAACGCGCAUCUGGUGCACGUGUGCGUUUUUAUGGUGAAGAAGAAUUUGCGCUGCCGCCCCGUGGAAGAGGAGUUCCUGCGGAGGGUGGGCCAAGAAAUAGACGUCUCGAUAGGCGAAGAAGUGGACGACCCGAUGAGGGACGCGGUUGUGGCAACUGGAGAGGCGUCUUCCGGAGCGGCUGCCAGCCCCCCUGGUGACCCCCUCCUGCGGGAAGACAACCUCUACCACGUGCUGGAGUUUAUCCACCACAUUGGCCUUAACAACCUGGCACCGCGUCAACGUGGGUACCACUCCUGGGGGUUCACAAAACUUAAGCGCAUCUACAACGAGCUGCUCAUCCACAUUACAAACAAAGUUAUACUGAGCAAGCAACACGUAAUGGAUGUGCUGAGCCUAAAUGAUAAGUACCUGCACUUCGAUGAGUGCCUUUUUGACUACAUCGAUGGGACCAUAGGGAGCACCUUCGACACGUACGAUGAGCAUGAGGUAGCCUACCUGUGCAGACACUUGAAUAAAAUUUUAUUUUUUUUUUCCUUACAAAAGCAUGGGAUAAAGUGUGACCUGAAUGUGCACCGCUUGGUGAAGCGCUACGUGUGCAAAAGUUUGGUCUUCUCUCCAGAACUGGGACAACAUGGAGGAGUAGUUUCCCCCAAUGCGGGUGACACAAUACUUCGGUGCUUGGACUCUUCACCCCCCCUACAUCUACACGCUUUUACGGAGCGAAUCAGAAAGAGCUCCCUCGUGAAGACACUCAACAGAGAACUUAGCAAACGCGCACACGAAUACAAAUACUACAACCUAGUGGAGCUACUAGAGUUCUACACCCUCUUCGAAAUAAAAAAAAAAGAAAUGGUAAAGAGACUUAUAAACGAGGUCGACAAGUAUAUAAAUAUCAUGAAAUAUGCGUACCAUGCAAAGGCAUUGAUUUUAUUUAGCCUGAAUAGGAAACACCUGGAUGAAGAAAAUGAGAAGAGCAUAAGGCGCUUAAUCAGGAGAACCUCUCAGAUGCUUCACUUUUAUUGGCCUGUCGAAUUCAUCCUAGAGACAAUCAUUGCUUGUUGUUCCUUUCUGGACAGGGGUAACAAGACUACGCGCAAUUUAUUCUUAUACCUAAAGGGGAACGUUAAGAAGUGUAUCCACCCUGUGCUGCUUGUGAACCUCCUAAAAUCGCUAGCUUCUACACAGAUUCGUGAAUGGACCGUUUGCAACCAAAUCAUGAGCUACGUAAAGGAGAAAAGGGACUUCAUCGACGACGUUUAUGUGGUGCAGAUACUAAAAUAUUUGUCUGUGCUAAACUAUCCUAAUGAUGAGUUAUUCGUUUCCCUUUUAACUGCAGACGGGGUGCUUUCUCGGUUUUCGCGUUUACCGAGUGAAUCCCUCGUUAGUCUACUUCACGUGGUUAGUCACUACAGGGGGGUGCACCCCUCUGGGGGGGAGAAGGACUUUCGCGUGGGGAACAUUCUCGUCUGCUCCAGCGCGUCGGUUUUCUUCUCCGAGUAUGUGAUGUUCCUGCUGCUGAGGGGGGGGAGGAAACAGGGGAUCAACAACAACGUGCUGGGGGAGGUCAAUAAGAACGGCUCCACCUCCCUUCCAGAAUCUGCUUCUCCCGACGCGGACGCCUUCAUACAGCUACUAAACGCGCUAACCAACUUAAAGGUCACCAACCCGGAUAUGCUGCACUACGCUGUGAGUUACCUACAGGGGGGUCUGUCACGCAUGGGGGAAACACACGUGGUGACUCUCUUCCAAUUCUUCUCAGAACAUUUAAUUAAUUGUCCCUCCGUGGGGGAAUCCCUCACAAGACAGACAUAUGCCUAUCUGCACCAGGUUGCAAGGAACACAAUAAGGGAACUACCAGAGGAGUAUCUCAUCCACUGUGCAUUCUCCGUUUUGGCAUUUUACUUCGUCGAUAUCAUUUUAAACAACAGCAGGAAGAAUGUAGAUCUGUUGGAAAAACUGAUGACCAUUUUUGGACACAAAAUAAGGGCAGGAUUAAACAUCCUAACGGAGGAGAAUGAAGAAAAAAAGGCCUCCUAUGAACUGCUGCACGUGAUAUCUGCCGUGCUGAAAAGGAUCUAUGAAAAAAUGGAGAGGAGGUUACCUGAUGAGCUGUUCAACCUGUGCACACAUGUGCAAAAACAUUUAACUGCAAUGGGGGGGCACACAUUCAGAGGGGGAAAUCAGAAAAUGCCAACUGGAGAAUAUUUUAUUUUUUUCUUUUCAGACCUUUUUAAGAGUAAGAAGAUCCCCCACUUUGUUAACUACAUUAGUUACCCCUACAGGAUUGAUAUUGUCAUUCCAGGUCGGGGGGGGAUAGAUGCACUGGGGGAGGAGAGUCGGAAGCGUGCCCUCUUUCUGAUCGACAGUUUUGAUCAGAUGUAUUUGAAGAACGUCCCCGUGGGGAGCUUCUUUGACGAGGUGGAAAGGGCGCAAGGGGGGGGACAACGGGACGACCCCACUAGCGAAUACCGAACAGCGAAGACCGUCUACCAAAAUGAAGACGUUCGCACAUGCUUGAAGCCGUAUGAAGCCAUUCGGGAGUGGUUCCUGAACAGCCAUAACUACGCCGUGUCUUACGUGUCGGUGGCGGAUUGGAAGAGCAAAUAUAUGUAG